GCUCUGAACAAUGGGGGCACCUACUGGAAGGAAUUGAGGGAGGGGGCACCCUUGGGGGUCUGUCUCCCUUCUUUUCGGCCCUGAAAGCGAAGAAUGUCGGGCGCUUGGCUGCUGCUGCUUUGGGUCCUCUUCAGACUGGGAUCGAUGGAAGAUCCCAGCUACCUUUAUUCAGAAGUGACUGUACCCACGUUGCUGGAGCAGCCCAUUGGUGCCUUCAGUAAGAAAGAAAUAUCCUACCUGAUGAAAAUCGAAGGCGUUCACAGGAUCCUCCGCCUUUAUCAGAAGUCCUUUGUCGUUCAGAAUAUGCCUAUUUACUCUCUGGAUUUAAAAGGAGUGAAAACUGUCCAGCAUCCAAAACCAAGAGUGGACUGCUAUUACAGUGGAUACGUGGAGGACCUGCCCAGUUCGGACGUGGUCAUCUCCACCUGCAACGGUCUUUGGGGACACAUCCAGAUUGGGAACCUGAUGUACGCCAUCCAGCCCAUCGAAAAUUUCACCGGGUUCAGGCACCUCCUCUAUCGCCAGGCUCCGGAGUCGCACACCCCCUGCCGAGGGACGGUGGGGGAAGUGAUGGGCCCGAGGGUCCCUCCCAUGGUCAACACCCCAGAGGCCAAGGACGCCAUCCUACGCUUUCCUGGAAAGAACGUGUCAUCACGAUAUCUAGAAUACUUUGCUGUGUGUGACCAUUCUGUGUUCCAGUGGGCCAACCAGAAUGUCACUCAGCUGAUGCUGAUGGUGCUUCAGAUUGUCUCCGUCGUUCACAAUGUGUACAACGACAUCGGCCUCCACGUGGUCCUGACGGGGAUGGAGGUGUGGGCCGGGAAGGACCACCUGCCCAUCGGCAAAUCCUUCGGGGAAACCACGCAAGCGUUCCACAGCUACGCCAAUUCCGAGCUUCAGGGCCAGACCCAUUUCGAUCACGCCACGUUAUUCACGAAUGUCGCUCAAGACGACGUGUUCGCAAGGACGUGGAAAUUGCCCGAGUGUCUUCAGAACCAGAUCUCUGUUUCUGUGGUCCGAAUUUCUCCGUCCAUCACAGAUGUUGGGGUCUCCGCCGCGCACCAGCUGGGCCACGCCUUCGGCUUCGUCCACGAUGACCUGCCGAGAAACGACGGACGGCCCUGUGAAUGCAACUCCACCAGCCAAGCCGGCCGCUGCCUCAUGCAUUCAACCACCGCAGAGCGCUAUCGGCUGAGCAACUGCAGCAAAGAGGCCUAUUUCACCUUCUUGCAAAACCAAGGACGAAACUGCUUCCUGAACUUGCCCAAGGACGUCGUCACCGAGAAAAAGACUUGCGGCAACGGCCUCGUGGAAAACGGGGAGCAGUGCGACUGCGGCACGGAGGAGGCAUGUGUAGCCAGCGGCUGCUGUCAAGACGAUUGCCAACUGAUACCCGGUGCCAACUGUCUUCAGGGACCUUGUUGUCAGGACUGCAAGUUGCUGAAGGAAGGGACGGUGUGCAGGGAAGCCGUCUCCGACUGCGAUCUGGACGAAUAUUGUUUGGGGACCUCGGAAAGCUGCCCCCCGGAUGUCUUCAAGCAAAACGGGAUGCCCUGUGGCAUCGACAGCACCUGCUAUUCGGGGGCCUGCCUGGACAUCCACCGGCACUGCCAGACGUUCUUCGGCAAAGCUGCCAAACCUGCUCCACUCAGUUGCUACAAGGAAGUGAAUUUGCAAGGAGACCGAACCGGUAAUUGUGGCACGGAUAAAUCCGGAUACAAAAAAUGCCCAGAAAAAGACGUGUCUUGCGGGAGGCUCCAGUGCACUAACGUCCAUAAAGUUCCCAGAAUUCCUCUGGGCUUCUCCAUCCUUCAGACACCUAUCGAUGACGUUCUGUGCUGGAGUGUCAUCUCUCACCAGCAGGGCCACGGGAAGGAUGACGGAACGGCGAAAGAUGGGACUUCCUGUGGCCCCAGCAAGGUCUGCAUAAAUUGGUCAUGUGUCGACAAGACAGUUUUGAACUACGACUGUGAUUUUUCCAAGUGUAACAACCAAGGGGUCUGCAACAGCAAAAAGAAUUGUCACUGCAGCUACGGAUGGGCCCCUCCUCACUGCAGCGGCCGGGGGUUCGGAGGAAGCAUCGACAGUGGCCCAGCUCCUGAGCGCGUGAAAUCAAGGAAAACCUUAAUGCUCGGUUCGAUUAUCGGGGUGGCUUUGCUUCUCCUGGCCCUCACCGCGAUGCUGAAGAAGUUCCUACCAGUGUGGAUUAGAUAUGGAGGAUUUCUCAGACAGAAAGUGUCUCCAGAACCCAUGGAUUCUGCUUUUGAAAGCACUGGAUCAGUGGCAGAAUCGAUUGAGGAGUCCACGGAAGGAUCGGCAGGGAAAGAUCCAACCCCGAACCGGAUCUGAAUCGGGAUCAUGUGAUUUGUUGGAUGAUUUUUUUUCCCCCUAGCUGUUUCCACCUUGAAAGACAACAUCGCUUUCCCCUGGGGGCUUUCUCAGCCCUGAAUUGCUCUGAGAUUCCAGAAAGAAAAACAUGUAUUAAAUAAUAGCCACAGAUACCA